AUAACAUGGUUUGGUUUAUAUUUUUGAUUAAUAGAAACACAUGACAUCUCCCUAUUUACAACAGCAGCAGAAAAAAACUUCCCGCUCAAAGUUUUAGGCGUGAACAGUGAAAAGUUACUCGGCCACUUGCAUCAAACCGCUCACAUGCACCUCCUCAAUAGCAUUUUCCCUUCACAUCUUCAGGGUCAAUUUGUUCAUUUAAUCGUCUUCUCAGAGUUGGGAGAAACAUUUUUACCCCAAAAUUACAGAAUUGAAGUUCUUCGCAUAUUUGCACGGGCCAUAAGGUCAACGCUGGCUUUGCUUCCCUGGUCGGCGCCUGCGCUGGACCCACCUGCUCCCAACAGCGGUUGUCUUGUCUGGACCCAAAAAGAUUGGUGGCAAAGAGUGGAGUCUGCACCUGGUACUUGCAGAGAAAAGGAGCUGGAUGUCUUCUCCAUCAUAUGUAUGCCUGGCUUGGGGAAGACAACGCUUGCAUGGAAGAUAUUUGAGAAUGAAGACAUCUCUUAUCAGUUCCCAAUCCGGAUAUGGGUAUAUGUUUCUCAGAGUUUCAACAACCAAGAAGUGUUUCUUACCAUUUUGAGAAAAUUCACCAGCAGUAGCAGCGACAUUAUGAUGUCCGGCCUAUGUGAUGAGGAAUUAGCCCAGUCACUUCGUGUGUUUCUGUCCAAGGAGAAAUUCUUGUUAGUAAUGGAUGAUGUGUGGAGUCUUGAGGACUGGAACGUCAUAAAAAACAUGCUUCCUAGUAGCAACCGGUUGAGUAAAGUCAUGAUCACCAGUCGCGAAAAGAUUGUUGGUGGACGUGCUAAAGUUUGCACGGACCCCCACAUGUUGUGCUUCUUUACAGUAGAUGAAAGGUGUAGACUUCUCCAAUUGGAGGUAUUUGGGAAUAAUAAUGGAGAAGAAGAAGAAGACAGGUGUUGCCCUCUGGACUUGAGAGACAUUGGGUUACAGAUAGCCGGCCAGUGUUAUGGAGUCCUACUCACGGUCGUGGUGGUGGGAGGAAUUCUUGUGGAUCUGUUUGUGAAAACACACGCACCCCGGCUCCUUAAAAAGGAAUGGGAGAAUGUGUCUGAAAAUGUGAGCAAGUUCAUACAGAACGACUUGAGGGAAUGCUGUCUCCAUAUGGCUGUGUUCCCCGAAGAACACGUGGUCCCAUCUUGGAUGCUGACGCGCUUGUGGAUUGUAGAAGGGUUCGUGCGCCCUCGGGAGAAGUUUGGAAGAAGUUGCAGAGCAGAACCUGAGUGAUCUUGUCACCAGGAACUUACUCAUGCUUGACAGGAAAAACCCAAUGGGGGAGAUAAAAACAUGUCGGGUUCAUGAUAUGAUUUGCGGGUUUUGCAGGGGAAUCGCUCUGGAACAGAACUUGUUCCAAGAAAUUAGGAAAAAUAAGGAAGGAGUACUUGAAGUCUUGAACUUGUUCCCAAACAGAAUUUGGAUUUGAAAUUAUGAAUUUUGAAUUUCUUGUGUUUGCCAAGAAAUUCAUUUCCAUUUU